AUGUUUAAGGUUGCCAUGGGAACAGGGGGAUUAAAGAAAAUUAUCGGGUUUCGAAGGAGGAUGUCAGAGUCUGAGAAGCACAGAAUCCCUCUCAGCAGUGUUGGGCCUGGAAGUUUUGUUCGGCCUGAAAUAGAUCCGCUAAAAAAUUUAUGUCGGAUAUCCAACGAUUUCAAGAGUAUACGUCGUAGAAUUCAUGACCUGUAA